ACGUCAGCACGUACGCUUUACAUGACAUGUCCUGACAACGUGCCCCGCUGCUCAGGCUGCGAGGCUGCGAGCUUCGUAGCUCGACCCAAAAAAAACAAAAAAACAACCAAAGACAACAUGUUUACGGGUUAUCACCAACAACGGAGAAGAAUAAGCGACCUAACGUUAGCUCUUAAAUGUGGCAGCGUCACGUCGGUUUAACGGAAAUGGGCGACUGGAUUUCACAACAACCCAGCUAAAGAGCGGGAAGGAUGGGGGAGCGGGCCGUGAACAGCAGCCCCGUGGCUGCGAUCUCUCCGGUGCAGCAGAUGCUGGCUUCUGGCACCGGAGCCCUCCUCACGUCGAUUUUUGUCACACCGCUGGACGUUGUGAAGAUCAGGCUGCAGGCUCAGCAAACGCCGUUCCACCAAGCUUCAGCCGCUGAAGCCGCUCCGUGGGGCGGCGUCAUCCGCCCUUCCAAGUGGAAGUGUUUCCUGUACUGUAACGGACUGAUGGAUCACAUCUACGUGUGUCAGAACGGAACCAGCUGCACCAGCUGGUACAAGACGCCGACACAUUUCAGCGGGACACUCGACGCUUUCGUGAAAAUCAGCCGACACGAAGGACUCCGGUCUCUGUGGAGCGGCUUACCGCCAACACUGGUUAUGGCUGUACCAGCCACCGUCAUCUACUUCACCUGCUACGACCAGCUGCGGGACUUCCUGAGAUACGGUCUGGGUUUCCAAGGCAACCACAUCCCGCUUGUUGCUGGAGGUCUGGCCAGAUUGGGCGCUGUGACAGUGAUCAGUCCUCUGGAGCUGGUCAGGACCAAGAUGCAGUCCCGCCGGCUGCCCUACAGCGAGCUGCGGGCGUGCAUCCGCUCUGCGGUGGCGCAGGAUGGUUUGCUGUCCCUGUGGAGGGGAUGGGGACCCACCGUGCUCAGAGACGUGCCCUUCUCUGCUUUGUACUGGUUCAACUAUGAGCUGGUGAAGGCCCGGUUAUGUGAACAGCACCAAACGACUCAGGCCAACGUCUCCAUCAGCUUUACUGCAGGAGCCGUCUCCGGAGCUAUUGCUGCAAUCCUGACGCUGCCUUUUGACGUGGUGAAGACACGGAGACAGAUCCAGCUGGGAGAAAUGGACACUCUGGGAGUUACCUUAAAGAGAACCUCGUCCACAUGGCACAUCAUGAAGGAAAUCUGGGCCGAGUUGGGCUACAGGGGCCUUUUUGCAGGUUUCAUGCCGAGGGUGAUCAAAGUGGCCCCGGCCUGCGCUGUCAUGAUAAGCACAUACGAGUUUGGAAAAGCCUUCUUCCAAAAGAUGAACCUUGAUCGAGAGUGACCGGCGGUGGCCGGUGUUUGUCCGUGCAUGCAGACAUCGUUAUCCGGACCAACGGGACAAAGUCUCCUGAAACGGGGGCCUCGACACAUACAGACCUGAGACAAACCUACAUUCUUAAACUUGAACAAUAAGUCUAAAUACUGAGACGCUCUCAGAACAGUGUGUUUUAUUAUUUGUUUUUUUUGGGACUGAUCACAUCUCCAUGAACAUUUUUUGGAGUGAGAGUCAGUUUAAAUACCGCACACGUCCUCGAUGGACACACUGAAGUCCUCACCCCGCUGUGCAGGACGGUGGUUAAAGCUUGACAGGAGAAGUUCAAACCGUCUUCAGGACUGCAUCUGCAUCACUACUGUCGCAUGAGUCGGAGAAAUAAAUGUUCUCAUUCUGCAUCGCCUGCAUGGCGUGUACAGCUUCAUUCAACACGGGAUCCCGAGAAUUCAAACGCAGAAGCAGCAAAGCAUGACAUCUGAGAAAUGUUAGAUUUGAUCGAUUGUAGCACUUCUAAAUUUGCAAGACAAACGCUGUGAAAUCACAAAACUAGCUGCAGGAUUUUAUUUUUGUCGAAUGUAAACAUGUUCAUCUGUGCAUGAUGUUUAGCAUUUUAUUCUGUGAUUAUACUUCAAGACACACAAACAUGAAAACACAAAAGUGUCCAAACUUUCCCCUCGUGGCAUUCUGGUGAUAAUAAUAAUUUCUUGCCUACAAUAAACAAUAAAAAGUUACAUCACUGGAUCAUAAAACGAAAUGUUGCUGCCUUAACCUGAAAGGUUGUAAAUGUGCAGCCUUUAUUUUUAUGAAUGAAAUGAUAAUAAAUGUUAAGACAGCUUGAUUUUUUUAUUUACUUUGUGUGAAUAUGAACAUCAGUUAUCAUUGAGACUGGGCGUUAGAUGUAGGAUGUGAACACCAACACAAAGAUUUACGUUUUCCUUAAAUACACAAAGUUCAAUAAAGUUGUAUGUGGAC